AUGGCUGAACCAUCUUUAUCACAACGGUUGCCACCUCCACCUGUGCCGACGUCUUCGCCAUCCCCACCACAACAACCACCUCCAGCGGCUAGGUCAAAAAUCGUCGGCGAAACGGCUCAUCCAAUACACAAAACCUUAGACACUGCAGCCAACAUAGCAAACCUUCUACCCACCGGAACAGUCCUAGCAUUUCGAAUGCUAAUUCCUUCAUUUUCCAAUAAGGGCGUCUGCCAAUUCUCCAACAAGUUGUUGACUGCAGCCGUCAUCGGAUUCUGCUCCGUCGCCUGUUUCUUCUCUUCUUUCACCGACAGCUGCGUCCUCAGCUCCGAUGGGAAGUCGUUUUACGGUAUAGCCACCACCAGAGGGAUACACUUAUUUAACUGCGAUAAUAAUGAUCCCGAGAAUAAAAUAUUGGAAGGAAUAAACAUGAGGAAAUACAAGCUCAAGUGCCUAGAUUUCGUACACGCAUUUGUUUCUCUGUUGGUGUUCUUGGUCUUUGCAUUUUGUGAUUCUGACGUGCAAACUUGUUUCUUUAGUAACCAGCAGAGGCCAGGAUCCAACGUAAAUGCCUUGGUAAUGAACCUGCCCUUAGCAGCUGGGUUUUUUGCCAGUUUCUUCUUCUUGAUCUUCCCUACUACGCGUAGAGGAAUAGGAUAUGCUGGCUUGCCGGCCUAA